GGCGAGCUUUGUGGAGUUCUUCCACAAGGGAAAGUUCCACCCGCCGUAGUUCCACCCACCGUAGUUGCCCCCGCCGGCAGACGCCCGCCAAUGCCCGAUGGGCGUCUGCCAGGCCCUGCAUGAGCUGACGCCGGUGGGUGGGUGACGGGUUCUCAGUCGUCGGUGCAGACGUUCCGGCCCAAGAAGAAGUUUGAGCCCGGCACAAUGCGCUACUCCCUCCACAAGCAGGCCCAGGCUUCCCUCAACUCGGGGCUCAACUUGCGCGACGCCGUGCGGCUCCCGCCCAGGGAGGACAUGAACGACUGGCUCGCCGUCCACGUGGUGGACUUCUUCAACCGGAUCAAUCUCAUUUAUGGAACCAUCUCGGACUACUGUACGGAAGAGAGCUGUCCAAGGAUGUCCGGCGGACCCAAGUUCGAGUACCUCUGGGCAGACGGACACAAGUACAAGAAGCCGACGGCGCUGCCCGCGCCCCAGUACAUCUCACACCUGAUGGACUGGGUGGAGGCGCAGAUCAACAACGAGGACAUCUUUCCCGUCACCAUGGAUGUCCGGUUCCCUCGCAACUUUGUACCCACCUGCAAGAAGAUUCUGGCGCGUCUGUUCCGGGUCUUUGUCCACGUCUACAUCCACCACUUUGACAAGUUGGUUGCCAUCGGCGCC